AUGUCGGCCUCCCUAUUGCGGCGGGGGCUGGAGCUGCUAGAGGCGCCAGGCCGGGGAAAGGCGCUGCCGGGAGUCCAGCGGGACCGGGACGGUCCCAGGGCGUUGGGCGCUGCGAGGCGGAAGAAGAGGGGUCGGGAACCCACGAGGAGCAAAGCCACGAUCAAGGGCAGAGUCGUGAAGUCGGCUAUAGAGGAGUAUCAUAAGAAGAAGGCUGUGGAUCACAUGAGAGAAAACCUGAAGUACAUGUUAAAAGGACGAAUUGUUGCAAACAGAGCCAUUACAGAACAAGUUCUUGCACAAAGCAGAGGCAGGAAGUCCAAAGAUCAGCCUCCAAAGAAGGCAUCAAAGAAGAAGCCUGAGGGCACUGUCUUUACUGAGGAAGAUUUCCGUAAAUUUGAGAGAGAAUACUUUGGGAGGCCAUAGACAAGAUGACAGGGAUUCUUGCAGCUCCAGUCUUUCUGCAGCUGGACUGGCCAUUUCCUCAGUGUGUUUGAGACAGAACCUUGGAGAUGUGCCUCUGUCAGGACGUGCUUUGACAUCACACUUGCAGAGCAGCUCUACGUCUGUGCAGAACUUGUUACAGGCCAGCUGGAGUCAUGGAGGUUCUCUGGGCACCUAGAUGUGUUAUAAUUACCUCCCUCCAGCCAACAUCUUGCAUCCUUAAUGUAUAAGGGUGGACCAAGCCACAUAUAAACCUUGUUCUCCAUUCUCAGAUUGUAAGGCUUCUGCUGCUUGUGUUAUUUGGCAGGGAGCAUUGAAAGUACUGCAUCUGAAUGGAGGAAUGUUUUGUACUAGCAGUAAUGAAUUAAUGAAAGGGAAGGAUGCUUCAAAGACUCUCAAACCUGAGUAGCCCUACAGGUUUUUAUUACAACCUCUGUCAGGUUUUUCAAUAUUUGCAA